AUGGUCCUCAGGGACGCCGCCUUAGGGGUCCGUCUUGGAGCUACUCUCCCUCUCCCUGACGUUACUUCGUCCAUGUCGUUCCCAAUUUCUUCCGCCCUAACGACUGUCUCUUCCCGCUCGACGUCUGCUUUGUCUCCUCCAAUCUCAGGGACCUCGCCUACUACAACAACUGACGUCAUCCCAUCAAAGCCUUCGCCACAUCCCUCACCGUUACCCGUCGAUUAUGAAUGGCCGCAAUGGACGACCGGCGCCUCCCCCCACCUGCCUUCCUCCUUGGACGAGUUUAACCGUCGCCGCCCUCUCAGAGUCAAACUUUCCGAGGCACAGUUCUUCAAGACUGACUUAGAGACCCAAGAUUCCUCUGGUUCCCCGUGGGUACGCAUGGGAUCCCCGAUAUACAACAUUGAUCGAGACUCUCACACCGCCAUAACCGCCUCGAUGAUCACCCGUCCAAAGUCCGUUCUCUCCCAGAGCAACGGUAGCGAUCCUCGCCCUCAUGAUCAUGGGAUCCUGUUCUACAAUUUUCCCGAUCUGACGAACCCUAUUGCUCGUUGCGGCAGUGAUGUGUGGGAGAAGGACAUGAAGACCGGCACCCAGGCCCAACCUUGGCACCACUCCUUCACCCGCAACAUGAUGCAAGUUGCACAAGUGGUCGAGAUCAAGCACUACCCCGAGGAUACCGUUGGGGGCAUGCGUGUCGUCGUUGUCAUCGCUUUCGAACAGCGUGCUCGUCCUUGGGUCAAUAACGCUACCGACUCCCACAUCCUUGGCGUUUGGUUGAUGCUCAAGGUUAUCAAGGUGAGGGUACCAGUGACACUCAUGGCCCGUAUCUGCAACUGGACGAUGAGCCAUUUCUGUGGCUCCGUCUGA